AGUUUUACUUUAUCAUUAUUUUCUGUUUUGCUUUCAGCAAUUCUCAGAGCUGCUGAAAAGCAUGACUUCCUCUUCUGUUGUUGAUAAACCUCCAGUAAGACGGGUUGCUAUCUUCGGGGGAACUCAUGGCAAUGAGUUAUCAGGGGUAUUUUUGGUCAAGCACUGGCAAGAGAACGGAGCUGAGAUUCACAGAACAGGAAUGGAAGUGAAACCAUUUCUUGCCAACCCAGGAGCUGUGAAGAAGUGUACUAGAUACAUUGACUGUGAUCUGAACCGUGUUUUUGACCCUGAUAAUCUUGGCAGGACAGUGGUGGAAGAUAUUCCAUAUGAAGUGAGAAGGGCUCAGGAAAUCAAUCAUAUAUUUGGUCCAAAAGGUAGUGAUGACGCGUAUGACCUUAUUUUUGACCUUCACAACACCACUUCUAACAUGGGUGGUACCCUUAUUCUUGAAAACUCCAGGGAUGACUUUACAAUUCAAAUGUUUCAUUAUAUCAAGAACGCUUUGGCUCCAGAACACUGUCCUGUUUUGCUGAUUGAACAUCCUAGCUUGAAAUAUGCAACAACUCGAUCUGUAGCAAAACAUCCUGUUGGUGUGGAGGUGGGUCCCCAGCCACAAGGUGUUGUUAGAGCUGAUACUUUGGACAAAAUGAGGAAGAUUGUCAAACACGGCCUUGAUUUUGUGCAACUUUUUAAUGAAGGAAAGGAAUUUCCACCAUGUACAAUUGAGGUUUUUAAAAUAAUGGAGAAAGUAGAUUAUCCCAGGAAUAAGAAUGAUGAAGUUAUUGCUAUUAUUCACCCUGAACUGCAGGAUCAAGACUGGCAGCCACUGAACAAUGGUGAUCCUCUAUUUUUGACUCUUGAUGGAGAAGUAAUUGUAUAUGAAGGGAACUGCACGGUCUAUCCAACAUUUAUUAAUGAAGCUGCAUAUUAUGAAAAGAAACAAGCUUUUGUAAAAACAGUAAAAAUCAAACUCACUGCAAAACACAUCAGAUCCUCAGUCUUAGACCAGAGCACUUUCUAAAAGCUUAUUACAGAUUUUCCAUACAAAAAGUGGAUUUUUCUGUGAAAUCCAGCAUCGUUCAGUAGUAAUUCA